AUACUGUGAUAACGCUAUCAAGGCACUAAUCAGUGGAAAUUACAUGAGGACAAAUUUAAGAGUAUUACUAUAAAAAAUGACAAGGUGUGGAAGAUGAUUGCUGCAGAAUUAUACAAGGAAAAUCCUCUUUGGGAAUACACUGGAAAACAGUGCGAAAACAAAUUUAAAGACGUUCGAAGAAACUAUGUCAAAACUAAGGACAAUAAUGUAAACAAGAGUGGGCAAGACUUGCAAACUUGCAAAUUCUACGAUGAAAUGGAUGCAACACUUGGCGAAAAGCCACUUAUUAAACCUGUCGCUAUCGCUUCCAGCUUGAAGAAACACAAGCGCUCAAUGUCUUUUGAGGACGAGGAAGAGAAGGAAAACUUUGAAAAGAUGAAACCUGAGAAGACUAAGAAACUAAAAAAAAGUAAAAUUAACAAAGAGCUAGAAAACUUCAUGCUCCAACAAGAAGAAAGAGCUACCAAACGAGAACUAGCCAAACAAAAACGACAUGAGGAAAGAAUGCGGCUUCAAAGAGAAGCAAUUGAAAAAUACGAAAUAGUUAUGAAGAAGUUGUUGAAUAAAUUUAACUAA